AUGGACUUAAUUCAGUAAAAAGACCUAAUUUUCUAAGUUUUCUUUAACACUUCUUUAGUCAAUAAUUAUGAUUUAGAAAUUAUGAACAAAGAACUUGAAUUAAAAUUGAAAAAUCCAAUUGUUUUUAACGAACAAUAGAAAUAAGCUUCUUCAAAAGCUCAUUAAUUCAACUUUCUAAUUCUUAUAAUUCUUGGCCUAUCAAGCUUUAUUAUAUUAUUGUCAGGUAACCCUUCAAAUUGUUUUGACGUUUUAGAUACUUUGUAAUAUUAAUCAUAUCACAGGUUUAUUAAUGUUGCUUAUCCAGAAAAUUUCUCAAUAUAUUUUGAAUUUUCUGAUCUAAUUUCAAUUCACCCUUUUUUACAAUUAAUUUAGUAGAUUUAUUUACUUUAGCUUUUAACUAAAAAAUAUUAGAAUCGUUUGGUAAAUUCUAAUUUUACUCAAUCAAUGCAGAUAUGCUGA